AUGUUGGAAGCGCUCCGAAAGUGCCCGACCAUGUUUGCCGUUACAUCUGAUGGGUCCUCUACUAUGGCCAAGAUGGAUAACUCGGCUCGGCAGCUUGCGCUUUUCGUGGCGACCACUAAUGGUGAGUUUUAUCAAAGCAAUUUUGGUGAAGAGGCUCUAGAGACGAUCAAAUAUCAGCUCGGGAAAGAUGCUGGGUGGGGACUGUUCUUUGACGUACUUCGGAAUGCGUUCAAUGGCAAUUGCGUUAGCAUUCUAGCAAGAUCGGAGGAUACUGCGCACAUUCUUUGUGGCAAAGAGGACUGUAGCGAGAAGAGUGCGCUCUGCUUUCCCAUUCAAAAAACUGAGGAAGAUACCUCGGCGACGAUUCUCAAAUGUUUGGUUGACGCGAAUGCCGUUUACGCAAACCCUAAGGAGGAGAAAAACAAAGUUCAAAAGAUAAUGGAGGAGCUGGAAAAGGCAAAGUUGCAGGUGAGAAUGCUGGAAGAGGAAGUGCGCGUGCUGUGUGAGAACAAUAUUUGGCGUAGAAAGCAGGACACCAAGAAUACUCUUAAGAUUGGAAAAUUAAGAGACAAUAUUUCCCGUUUAUCAAAUCAAAUUAACCCAAAAGCAAAGGAAGUGUCGGAGACAAGUGUCGGAGAAACCUCGGGUCCACAUGCCGAAGACUCGUAUAUACCGGAAAGGAAACUUCUCCGCCUGGUAUUCGAGAAGAAAGAGUGCAAGGAAUACGAUGUGGAACUUCUACGGCUAAUCAAGAGUAGGUGGCCAAAAACUGAAGGAUCGAAGGCUUGCAAUGCUUCAAACUGCUUGAUUGAUCCCUACACUGAGUCAGAACUACCUGAACGUCUUAGUCGAAUGAGCAAAAAACACAAAAUGGUUUGGGAGGCAUUAAACGGGUUGGACGAUUGGGACUACAACGUGUUUGAGCUUCAGGCAGCUAUUGAUGGGGACGAUAUCAAUUGCAAGAAUGAUCAAUCUGGCUGCGGCGCACUAUUUAUAACAAUGUACGCCCUCGUAGUCAAGUAUGGUUUUCUUCGUAAAUUUGAAAUCAACGAGCGAAUUUUUUUAAACUGGCUCAGUGCCGUCGAAGGUGGAUACCAUGCUAAUCCGUAUCAUAACUCGAUGCACGCGGCAGACGUGCUUCAUAUCACACACUAUCUGUUAAGCAAAGGCGGUCUGGCGGAGCUAUGCAAGUUGAACGACAGGCAAGUGCUUGCAGCCCUUUUUGCGGCGGCUAUUCACGAUUACAAUCACCCCGGCAUUAACAACAACUUUAGUAUACUGACGCAAACGUACAACGCCACGCUUUACAAUGAUCGUAGUGUGCUGGAAAAUAUGCACGUUGCUAGCGUAUUUGAGUUAAUGAGAAAUCCGGCGCUAAAUAUUUUGGCGUGCUUUUCUGAGGAACACUGGCGAGAUUUCCGAAAUACCGUUAUCGACAUGGUAUUGGCCACUGACAUGUCUUUGCACGAGAAGUACAUGACGCAAUUUAAGCGUCGUUUAAGCGAGAAGCGGCCUUUUACGGAGGAUUGUGAUCAGAACCUCGCAUUGGCGAUGGCACUAAAGCUGGCUGAUAUUUCGAAUUGUUGUCGUCCACUUCCGUUAUACCUUAAAUGGAGCGAGAGGGUGUCCGACGAGUUCUACACGCAAGGUGACCGGGAGCGAUCCCUGGGUAUGUCAUGUAGUCCGUUCAUGGACCGCCAAACCCCUAUGAUUGCUGAGGGACAGACGUCGUUCAUAAACUAUAUCUUCAUUCCCUUCCUCGAAGUGAUGGCCGAGUUUCUACCCAGUAUGGGAUUCACAUUGGGUUUAGCGGCAGUUUGCAAAUCCCACCGCCUGGUGGGUAACACUGGACAGGGAACCUAG